AAGUGCCAAAAAUGAAUGUCAAAAUAAUUCAUUAUAUUUACUAGCAGUUUUUGUUAAACCGAGAACAAACACUUACGGGUUUUUACUUCUUAGACUACAAUGUCAGCAAAACCACCACGGAUAUCUCUUACGCCGGCGCAAGAAAUAGAAAGACGCAAAAUAGCUAGAAGAAGAUUCAGAGCUCUAAUUCGAGAAGUGUAUGAUAAUAGGUAUUGGUUGGGAGAGUUUGAAGAGAUUCGAUUAAGUGAAAACGUCAAAAGAAAUAUUUUAUUAUUGACGAAGAAAACGAAAAUUUUAAGUUCUCUUACUAUGUACGAAAAGUCUAUUUUACGAAAGCCAACCGAACUGCGAACGGAAGAAGAAAGAAACCACUUAAACAAAGUGAUCGGUGGUCUCAAAUAUUUCAGGAAAUAUCCACCGGAAGUCAAAGCCGCUCUUGCUGCCGUUACUUUUUUCGAGUACUAUCCUCCAGGUCGUACUCUUAUCAGGCAAAAUCAUGAGCCAACAGCUAUGUACUUCUUAUUAUCUGGCGAAGCUAGCGUAGUAGUAUCCCACUACGACAAAUUUCUAAAGGAGUGGAUUCCCGAAAAUACCGGAGUACUAGGUCCAGGAACGACUUUUGGGGAAGUCAGUUUACUUCACAAUAUCAAAAGGAUGGCCACGUAUAUAACUGCAACCCACUGUGAACUGUUGAUGAUCAAGAAAGACGAUUUUCAUUCGAUUAUUAGGGAUUCUGUGUUAGAAGAAUGGAAUCAAAUACGGAUAAUACUAGAUAAAUUCACUUAUUUUAAGAACUGGGAUUCGAUGACCAAAAAGGAAGCCAGUAUCCUAACCAAAAUGAAGACUUACAAUGCGGACGAAAUAAUUUUGGGGGACGAAAUCGGAUCACCGCCAUACGUACACUUCAUUACGAAAGGUUCUGCUUGUCUGAUCGAAAACAUCCAAGUCCAUAAAUGCAACGCCACCGGUGUAGACGUAUACACGCUUCAGUUACCGCAAGAAAUAUCUGCUGACAGACUAUCUACUAUCACGCAGAUCUUUCAUAAAUAUCGAAAAUAUAUGGGAUCCGAUGACAAUCGCAUUCCGUCAGAAAUUCACUUCGAUUACGUGCCGUACGAAGAUAUGUACAUUUUUACAAGAUCUCCCAGUCGAGUAACCAAAGCCUCCAGAAAAUACUCAUCGUUACCUAUGGUGGUGCAACAAAUGAUGAAGUCGCAAAAUGUACAGCAUGACUCAGAAAUGUCAUCAAUGUUUUCAGAAACGUUUUCGAGAGAACUACACAUUCACAGAAACCGAAAUGUCGAAUGUAAAGAGGAAACGCAUUUCAUGAAGGUAUGUGAAUAUUUGCCAGGCGCGUGCUUUAGUAUCGGGGAAAAAUUCGAGCGAAGAAGAAUCGUAGCGAUGACGCCCGUUACUUGCCUUUUGUUGCCCCGUUACUGGAUUCUACGAAAUAAUAAAGAUGAAGUGUGGACCAGAGUAACCCAAUUUUUGGACAUGCACAUCCCGAACACUCAAGAAAUCUUCAGACGCUUUGUCCACGAACAAAAGUUUAAGAAGUACAAGAAAAGGCUAAUUCGAGACAUUUUAAAUAAAAGAGUAAUCAAUACCGGAAACUCUAUCCAUAACGUUCCGUACAGUAUUAGGAUGCAGCAUGGUGUUGAUACGGACUAUUUCCGAUAAUAUCGAACUGUUUUAG